GGAUCCGGAAGUAAGCACCCGGCUCCCGCACGCUGCUUCUUGUUGUGGUAGAAGAAGCAUCAUGGCGGCCCCUCUGGAGGUGAUCGUGAGCAGCGACUCUGGCUCUCAGAUGUGGAACAGCACCGUGUUCGACCUGCUCAGCGGCUCCAGCCUGCUGUCCUACCGGGGAGGGAGCUCCUCUGCCCGGGGGCUCACUCUGCUCAGCGGAGGGUACCUGCUCUGCGCUCAGCUGGGGAAGAACUUCAUCAACGUGUGGGAGAUCCAGAGGAAGGACCAGCUGCAGCAGAAGAUCGUGUGUCCAGGUGUGAUCACCUGUCUGACCGCCUCACCUGACGGACUCUUCCUCGCUGCUGGGGUGGCUGAGGGCAUUUACCUGUGGGAGGUGUCCACAGGUAAGCUGCUGUCGGUGCUGAACCGUCACUAUCAGGACGUCACGUGUCUGAAGUUCACCGACGACAGCAGCCACUUCAUUUCUGGAGGAAAGGACAACAUGGCUCUGGUGUGGAGUCUGUGCAGUGUGAUCCAGCUGGAUUUGAACGCCCCCCCAGAGCCUCGUCACAUCCUGUCCCGUCACUCUCUACCAAUCACAGACCUGCACUGCGGCCUGAUGGGAGCUCAGGCUCGCGUUGCCACCGCCUCCUUAGACCAGACCGUCAAGGUGAGGCUUUAACGAGACGUUUCUUAA